AUGGCUUCGGGAGCAUCUUCUUUGGAAAGUGCUGGCAGCGGUCCAUCUUCUCUUAAUUACACCAACAGUGAAAGAAGUUUGAAUUCUAGUAGUCGUGAUCACGACAGCUUAAAACAACAAUAUGAAAAAGCAUUGUUAGAGGUUCAAUUAUUGCGACGUCAAAAUAGUGAUAUGUCUCGUCAAUGUGAUCAUACAUCCAAAGAAUUAGACUAUUAUAGAAAUCAGCACAGGGCAGCAAUGAAUCAACUUGAAGCAUCAGCUCAAGAGUCUUCCACUUUGAGAGUUAAAUAUAGUGAAUUAGCAGCAGAAAAGCAAAGAUUAGAAAGAGAAAUUCAAAAUCUUCAACAAGAUGUUUCAGUUUUACAAUCUCAAGAUCAACAGGAAAUAAUUGCCAAUGACUCCAGUAAUCCGGAUUCAGUUAAUCAACAUUAUGUUUCGCUAUCGAGAAAAUUUGAAUCAUUGAAAGAUGAUUAUGAUUCUUUAAGAAAGAGACAUGAUGAUGUAUUAGCUUCUCAUACAGCAGCUGUAAAUAAACUAGAACUUGCUCAAGAAGAGUUGGGAAGAAGCAAAAGUCAAUAUGAAGAAGUCGUUCAAGAAAGAAAUGAUGCUAUAAGAGAAAGGAACGGUUUGAAACAGCAGUGUACUGCUGUUAUCAUGCAGUGGGACAUUGCUCUUAGGGAAAGAAAUGAAUAUAGAGAUGCUUUGUCUAAAGUUCAACAACAGCACGAUGAGGCGGUCAAGGAAAUAAAUCAGGCUAUGAUUUUCAAAAUGAAAACCAACAAAGAUAUAAAAAGGCUCACGGAAGAAAGAAAUGCUGCCAUGCAUGAAUAUUCAUUGAUUAUGAGCGAAAGAGAUUCUGUACAUAAAGAAAUGGAGAAAUUGACUGAUGAUUUAUCACAAGAAAUAAAAAAAAAUAAAACUCUACAAGCGCAAAAUAAAGAUUUUGCAGAGGAAAAAAAAGUUUUAUCCUACCAAAUGGAAACUCUCAAAAGGGAAAUUCAGUCGGCACUUCACGAUAGAGAUAAAGCAUUAAAAGAAUGUAACGAUCUUAGAGAAAAAUUUGGGGAAUAUACAGCCAAAGAGGAUUCGAAUACUGGUUUUAAAUCUAGAAUAGAAUUUAAUGCUUAUAAUAGAGAAAGAGAUAAUUCGAGAAAAGAUCAAACGGAAGUUUCUUCAAGUACAAGAGAUUUAUAUGGUAUUUCUCAAAAGGAAAGAAUGGAUAAUUUAGAUCAAGCCAAUCAGGAAUUAGAUGUUUUAAGAAAACAAUUGGAUAAAUUGCAAGCUGAACUUCAAGAAGCCACGCAGGAAGCAGAAGUUUCAAAGAGGAGAAGAGACUGGGCAUUUAAUGAGAGAGAUAAAAUCGUGCUGGAGAGAGAAAGCAUAAGAACUUUAUGUGACCGUUUGAGAAAAGAAAGAGACAGGGCUGUAUCAGAUUUGGCUGAAGCUUUAAGAGAUUCUGAUGAUAUAAAAAAACAAAGAAAUGAAGCAUCGAAAGAAUUGAAAGAAUUAAAAGAAAAAAUUGAAGCCCAGAUAGAGAAAGAGAGUAGAGUGCAGCAAUUUCAUGCUGUGGGACAUAAUCACAGCCAUGAUUCUGCCAUUGAUACAGACUUGCAAGAAUGGGAAACUGAAAUAUUAGAGAUUGAUCUUACCGGUUUGGCUUCGGAUGGUGACUUGGGAUUUGAUUUAGUCGGAGGAAGGGAUGACCCUCAGUUUCCAAAUGAUAGUGCAAUUUAUGUUUCUUCAGUUACCAAAGGUAGUGUUAUUGAUGGAAAACUUAAAGUUAAUGAUUGCAUUAGUAGGGUUAAUAACUUAGAUUGCACAAAUGUAAGUAAGAGAAUGGUUAUGGAAACUAUAAGAUCAAAUGGUAAUACUGCGAGCAUGGUGGUAAGAAGGCGUAGAAGAGUGGGAGCCAGAUGCCUUCAGACGACACAACUUCAAACUCAUUUAAAUUAUGAACAUGGGUUAUCUUUGGGAACAGGAAUUUAUAUAUCGAAAAUAAGUUCGGGAUCUUUAGCUGCCAAAGAGGGAAACUUAGCAGUAGGAGAUAGAAUAUUAAGUAUAAAUAAUAAAACCAUGGACGGAAUGAAAAGCGCGAGAGAAGCCAUGUCAAUUUUAGACGAGGCUAGAGAUAUGAUCACCAUAACAACUCUAAAAAACGGAAGUGGAGGUCAACACGGAAGCACAGAAGAUGACAGGGGUUUGGGUAACUCAAGGAAUUCCAACAGUCCUUCUAAGGAUCAUUCAAACAAUCAUUUUAAAAAAGUGGUCGAUAACGCUUCCCAAACGGAAAAUUUGAGCUUUGAAUCAUCUUCGACCGAUGAAUUUCUUCCUAAUCGUCUGUACAUUAAUUCUUCUAACCAAGGAACAAAAUCAAAAUCCAAUGCCAGGUCAAAGGGCAAUGUAAAUUCAGUGACUUGGAAUACAAUAAGAGAAAAAUUUCACAAUGUAACAACUCCAAAAAAUGUUAAGAGAGAAGAAAAAAAACACGCGAGAAACGUUUCCCCUGUGAGAGAUGGUUUUGAAAGAGAGCAGGAUGAUGCAAUAGCCGAAUUAGAUUCGGUUAUAGAUACUUAUCACACGAAGCAAAGUAAAAGAAAGGAGAAAGUAUUGGAGCACAAUGGGGGAACGUGGCCCAAGGUCAGAGGUGGCCCAAUUAUUCAGCAGGGCACAGGAACAAUCGUACACCCUCGAAAAACAAAAGUAAGAUUACCACUCUCUGAUAUUUUAUCCAACAACUCAGUCAACAAAUAUCAAACGAAUCUUCCAAGGCGAGCAGGAACGCAAAGACCGGUUAGCGAUUUUGUUGUACCAUUCUCUAAAUCUGGUCAAUUAAUGCAUUCAUUUCCUUCGUCACCUUUCAAAGAAGCGAGUAUUGAAUUUGAAAGAGAUACGGACAGAGACAAUCUAAGUGUGCAAGACCCAUCGGACGGUAGUACAGAUCUUUCCGUCAAGUCAGGAAAUACCGGGAAAGAUAUAAUAGAUUAUUAUGCCUGCAGAAAAAGUAGAUAUGCAGUAAGUGACAGCGAGAGUAACGUCAGUCCAAUCGAGACUUCUUUACCACCUCACGCACGUGGGCAUUCUCAACUUUAUCCAUCGACCGGCCUUCGUUCUUUAUCCCAUUACCCAUAUCCUCAUCAUUUGCAUUCGCACGCAACCCGGUACCAGAGUCCGACUCACGUGUCUUUCACUCACAGCGGAGAUUCCAUCGGUAUUUUCAGCGGUUUCGAUCCGCCCAGGACUCCACAGCAACCUUUUCACUCUCACUCUCCUUCCAUAGAUUACGCCAAAUCUCUAUCCUUACCACCCGGUCACACUCAUCCUCCUUACAACAGGAUAGAUGAAAUAAAAUCUCCGGUUGUUUCUUCGUCGUUACUCGGACACGAAGUGGGAACGUUUCCCCGUAAAAAAGAAAAUCCUCGAAUUCGAAUCCCCAGUAAUCCUAGCGUAACGAACGCUGGAAAAAUGUCAACCGGAAGCAUAGAAAGAACUUCUGAAAGAGGUAGUCCUAUGCCACCCUAUUACACUUAUGAAGUGUUGAGACCGGGAAGGGAAAACAAGAGGAAUUCAUUACCGGAUUACUACUGUAAUCAUAACGAAGCUGCUCCUGGUGAAAAAAGGCGAGUUCAAAUAGACAAAUCGGUCGAACCUUUGGGUAUUCAAAUCGCAUCUCCCAAGUGCGGUGGGAUUUUCGUUUCUUCGGUGACGGAAAACAGUAUUGCCAGUAAGGCUGGACUAUUAAUCGGUCAUCAAAUACUCGAUGUCUGCGGGAUUAAUUUGAGGAAGGCAACGUUCAAUUUGGCAGCAAGCGUACUUCAACAAUGCGGGAAUUCUAUUACGAUGCUAGUGGAAUAUAAUCCCGAUAAAUAUCACGAGGCGGAAGCAUCACCGAGUACCAGCGAUGACGAAAGUCAUUCAAAGUCGGAUUCAACAACUCCUUGCAAUUCGCCCAAAAGCAGUAGGAAAUCGACGGGUGAACCCAGUAAUGGUAAUAUGAGGGGAACGUUUGCUCAGUCCACUCUCACGAGGAAUCAAAUAUCACCCGUUAUUUCAACUCUUACUCGGCAAAACGCAGCCAUCAGGUGUUCGAACGACGGUACAAAGUCUUUACACGGUCCCAGAUACGUUUGUAUCGAAACUAAAAAAUGUAGCAAUCUUGGUAUAAGUCUCGUCGGAGGUAACGCCGUCGGAAUAUUCGUUCAUAGCGUUCUCGUAGACUCGAGUGCUUACAAUGCCGGACUGAGAACCGGAGAUCAAAUAUUGGAAUGCAGGGGAACGGAUUUGAGGCAGGCGACAGCCGAGGAAGCAGCUUACGAACUUGCAAAACCCGCUGAUAAAGUUACUAUUUUAGCACUUUUUAACAUCGAUCGUUACAACGAAAUCAAAGACAAACCCGGGGAUAGUUUUUACAUCAAGGCUCUUUUCGAUCGAACGGAAAAUUGCAACGAUUCGUUGCAGUUGAGGUUUCACAAGGAUGAUAUUUUGUACGUCGACAACACCAUGUUCGAUCGUGUUCCCGGUCAUUGGUCUGCCUGGCUCGUUGACGAAUACGGUAGCAAAAAGCAACACGGUAUAAUUCCAAGUAAAUACAAGGUCGAAGAAGACAUGUUGAGAAAAAGCAUGGGAGAUUUGGAAUCGGAUUCGAGACGUGGAACGACAACUGCCAGACGAAGUUUUUUCAGACGUAAAAAACAUCAGAGAAGUUCGUCGAGAGAUUCGAAAGAAUUGGCAAGUUUUAUUUCCACGAUGAAUUGGUACAGCGAUUCUGGAACGCUGAACGAAGAAACUCCAUUGUUUUCUUAUCAAAGAGUCGAAAGACUUGAUUAUCCCACUUAUCGGCCCGUCAUAAUAGUCGGACCACUGUCCGAUUGGGUGACGGAAAAACUCCUUCAGGAUUUCCCGGAUAAAUUCGUUCGUCACGUUCCGCAAAUAAUGCAGUGUUCUCAAAGCACUAUAGAGAAAGCCAUGGCUGAAAAAAUGUUCAUCGAUUAUAGGAAAAAGGGAAAUUAUUACGAGUGCACAACGGUUGGCACUUUCAAAGACGUCUGUGAUAAAAAUAGCCAUUGCAUACUCGACGUGAAUCUUCAAUCCGUGGAACGUUUGCACAAGCAUCAGAUAUACCCGAUCGUACUCUUGAUGAAAUUUAAAUCAACGAAACACAUAAAAGAAGUUAAAGAUGCUCGAUACGCCACUGAUAAGGUAUCAACCAAGGCCGCUAAGGAAAUGUACGAGCACGCGAUCAAAGUCGAAGCGGAAUGCAGGCAUUAUAUAUCGGUGGUCAUACAAGUCACGGGAGUCAACAUUGCGUACAUGUGCACUCAAAUCAAAAGCGCAGUCGAUCACGAACAAAGCAAAACACUUUGGAUGCCUUGCACAAAUUUUUAA